CUCUCUAAGAUCAUCAAAUUGCGGUAGCAAUAUGGUAACCCGGAACCAUUUGUGCGUUCCAUCAAAGCAUUUUAAUCUGUUUAGUUUUUGUCCCGACCCAAAUCGUCAAACCUAACCCUACUCUUUUCUAAACCCAGAACAGAACCGUUACAAUUGUUUGAUCCUCUUCCUCUUCCCCCUCUAAUAUCUCUGCAAUAUAUACAUUUUAUCUUCCUUCAUCUGCAUUUCGAAAUUGCAGCAUUGGUUGUUUGAAGAGCGGGGUGCCUUAACAUUCAGUUGUUCCUGAAAGAUUAAACAGAGAUAUAUGAUUUUUCUGCAAUAGUGGCUAGUGGUAAAGCUGCUAUUGAAGGGUUGAGUAGCCGGUGAUUUGUCUUCAUCUUUCGUGUGCACGUAUAAAUUGCAGGCUCCUUCCUUCGGUGCUGGAGUGCUGCUUCAUCAUCAUUAUAACUGACCAUUGUCACAGUAUUCUCACCUGCCUAGUUUUAAGUUGUAGUUUGGCAUUUCUCGAGCUGUGGCAUUUAUAAGGACCCUUAUUUUGUUGAUAUAUAUGCAAUAGCAAGAUAUGUUCUUUGGCUGUGAAUAGACCGUGUAAAGAUGGCGAAUCCAGAUGAGGAACAACCACAAACACAGCAGCAGACAGAGGAUUACCUUUUCAAGAUUGUUCUGAUUGGUGAUUCAGCGGUUGGUAAAUCUAACUUGCUCGCAAGAUUUGCUCGAGAUGAGUUUCACGCUAAUUCGAAGUCUACUAUUGGGGUAGAAUUUCAGACCCAAAAGAUGGAAAUUAAUCAUAAAGAAGUUAAGGCACAGAUAUGGGACACAGCUGGCCAGGAGCGGUUUAGGGCUGUGACAUCUGCGUAUUACAGAGGCGCAGUCGGAGCACUUCUGGUCUAUGACAUCAGCAGACGCCCCACAUUUGAUAGCGUUGGCAGGUGGCUUAACGAACUUCAAAGUCACUCCGACAUGAAUGUGGUAACGAUAUUGGUGGGCAAUAAGUCUGAUCUAAAAGAGGCUCGGGAGGUGACAACCGCGGAGGGCAAAGCCCUGGCAGAAGCACAGGGACUGUUCUUCAUGGAAACAUCGGCUCUUGAUUCAUCCAAUGUUAAUGCUGCGUUCCAGAAGGUGGUGAAAGAGAUCUACUAUAUUUUAAGUAGGAAAGUUAUGCAAUCUCAAGAACUCAAAGAGAAAGAUCCGGAUUGGAUGGGAGAUGGGAAAACAGUGGUUUUACAGGCUGAAGAAGAAAAGAAGCAGGAAACAGAAGCAAAAGCUAAAAAAGAUACAUUCUCGGUGUUGCAAACGCGAGAGGGACCACUGCUUCUUCCACUCGCCAGGUUCUCGCCUUCAAUGUCGGGGGACCGCUGCUUUCUCGCCUUCAGUGUUAGGGACCGCUGUCGGAAGAAGAAAGACGAGAAGAAUGGGGAUGGUUUUCGAAAAAAAUGUCAAGCUGUUGGCUAUUCAUCGAGUAGUUUGCCAAAUAUGAUGAAUAAAUUAAAAAAAAUUGCCAAGUAGAUUGACAAGUAGAUUUAAUUUGCCAACUCAACAUACAUGUCAUUUUACUAAUAGCCGGAAAUUUA